AAGAUCUACUUUCACUUUCCAGUAAGCCACGGGCUUUCAUUUUACCUUUCGACAAUGUCACUGCUAACCAAAGUUUUGUUCUAUCCUACACUGGGCUACAAUAUUUUAAUGACUUAUGUAACAAGCAGAAGAUGGUAUGAUCGAAUUGAUGAGACAGUGAUCCUUGGUGCACUUCCACUUAAAAGUUGGAACAAGAUCUUGGUAGAAGAAGAAAAAGUUCGUGCUAUUGUCUCCCUCACAGAAGACAUUGAAACAGAGGGGCUAACAAACUCAGUCGAGGAAUGGGAAGCUAUGGGUGUUGAAGUACUUAAACUACCUACCCCUGAUUUUGUAGCCUCGCCCUCACAGGAAUACACCAACAAAGGGGUGUCAUUUAUUCUGAAGCACAGACGAAAACAAAAUAGUGUAUAUGUUCAUUGCAAAGCUGGAAGAACUCGUAGUGCAACAAUAGUGGCUUGCUACUUAAUGAAGGUGCAUAAGUGGAAGCCUGAAGAAGCAGUGGCGUUUAUACAGUCCAAAAGGCCCCACAUCUGGCUUCGAGACACGCAGAUGGACUCUAUUAACAUUUACUAUGACAACCUAAAAAAUCGCAAAAUUUCCGGGGCAUAACCAAUUUGAAUGCUUAUAUGAUUAUUAUUCAUUACUUUAAUACAUCUGUUAGGAUUGUGAUAAGACGGAAAAAAUGUGCUUUCCCCCGCUGGAUUUGCAUGUUUGAUUGCAUAUUGUCGGCACUAUAGACGACAUCCUGUGAUACCCUGCAAAAGUGAGACGCUUCUUUGCCUAUGAUAAUAAGUGAUGGUAAAAAGCGAUGCGAUGCAAUUUAUGAAAUUCAUUUUCUUAAAAAAUUUUUUUUCAAAAAAUUGUGCAUAAUGCAAGCAUAGACACCAGAAAUUUCUCUGUGUUCAAGCUUCAGCAAUAUGAAUCCAAGUUUAUUGUGUGGAAAAGUUAUGGUAAAUGUAUUAAACUUAUAAACGUGAUGACUUUAACUUUUCAAUCGUCAACUUCCCUUACUUAUGCAGCCAUAUACCUUUACCACCUGCAUACGUGGUUUAUAUGUCCCAUUUGAUUCGAUACGUAAGACAAUGCUCUACAUAUGAACACUUUUUAAAAACAAGGUAGGUUAUUGACAAUCAAGUUGAUGAAACAAGAAUAUAGAUUGUCUCGUUUACAGUCAUCAUUCGAAAGUUCUAUGGUUGAUACAAUGACCUUGAUAGCAAAUGCAAUUUAUCAGUAAAUCAAAUGCUACUGACGUUUACCAACUAAUGUUAAGCCAUUAUAUACACACUGGAUUGUCGACGGUUUUUUCCGAUCAUGACAAGGAGCACAUGGCGGGUGUGACCGGUCGGCAAGGGAGUUAAACCCUCCAAUGCACUUGACCACCUCCCCCCGAAUGUUUAGAGCUUUGUGUUUGCUCUGCCUCUGAGUUGUAUUGUUUAAUGAACGUUGGACUUUUAAUCUUUAAUACUGUUUGUUAUCAGUUUUUUCAGGUCGUAUGUAUUGCGACCAAUAUUUUUUUUUUCGGAAUUAAAUGAAUCAAAAUUAAAGCAAUCGUCUGACAUC